AUGAGAAACCUGACUUAUGCGGGUGCGGCCGAAACGGCGCAAUACUGCGCAUCUCAUCUCGCCGGGACCAUCGUCACGCUCUCAGUCGCCUGCGCCCUCUAUGCCUGGGUUUUCCUCCCGCUCGUGGCAUCACCGCUGCGCGCCAUUCCGGGGCCCAAGGCCUACGCGGCGACCAAAUGGCGGCUCGCCUGGGACGACUACCAGGGCACAAGGACCCGCGCAAUCCACAGGCUGCACAAACAGCACGGCAGCGCCGUCCGCAUCGGCCCCAGAGAGGUAUCCUUCUCGUCGCUCUCGGCACUCCGCACCAUCUACGGGGCCGGGUCCGGGUCCGAGCGCACCGGCUUCUACCGCAUGUUUGACGUCUACGGCCGUCAGAACCUCUUCACUUUUGCCGAGACCAAGAAGCACGGCGAGAGGAAGAAGCUGCUCGCUCAUGCCUACGCCAAAAGCGUCGUCCUGUCGGAUGCAUCGGUUGCAAAACAGCUGAUAGAGGAGAAUGUGAAGAGGUUCCUGGAGCUGAUUGAACGCGACAAGGAGGCGACGUCUGAAAUUUUUGACAGUCUACAUUGGUUUAGUCUCGACAGCAUCACCGGCUUUAUAUACGGUGAGGGGAACGGCGGCACGCACGCUUUGCGCGGUGAUCAGGCUCACAGGGCGAUGCUGGACGAUAUUCGCGAUCCCGCGAGAAGGAGACUCACCUGGUUUGCUUUCCACUUGAAGUCGUAUACCCAGUGGUUGUACACACGGACGGGCCUCUUGGACAAGGUAAUAGAUAGCUUGGGUCUUUUGCCAAUGUCGAGACCAACCACCUAUACAGCCAUCAGGGCGCACGCUCUGAAGUCGUGCCUAGAGUCUGAACCCGCUGUCGACGAGACCAAAACAAAAGUCGGCAAUACUUCCUUUAUCAUCUCCAAGCUGUGGGAACACUGCAACUCUGAAAAGGAGCCCAGGGUGGAUGCGCUGGAUAUUGCUUCCGAGGCAGCCGACCACUUCCUUGCGGGCAUCGACACGACCAGCGACACGUUGAUGUUUGCAAUCUGGGCCCUCUCUCUGCCGGAAAACAGACACUGUCAAGAAAGGCUGAUUGCCGAGAUCGACAGCAUGUCGCCGGAGCUGUUCAAGCAGGGACCCGAAGUUGCUGGCAGUGCGGUAGCGGCCGCCGAGGUCGCUGACCGGCUUCCCUAUCUCAACGCCGUGAUCAAGGAAACCCUGCGGCUCUAUGCACCAAUACCCGGAUCGGAGCCGCGCUCGAUGCCGGCAGACACGACGAUAGACGGAUACCGAAUUCCUGCCGGGACAGUGGUCAGCAUGUCGCCGUAUACGCUCCAUCGAAACGAAGCUGUGUUCCCGCAGAUGCUGGAGUUUCGACCCGAGAGGUGGCUCGGCGGGCUGGGGGAUCCGGCCGACAUGAAAAAGUACUUUUGGGCCUUUUCCAGUGGCGGUCGCAUGUGUAUAGGCUUACAUUUCGCCAUGGCCGAGAUGACGACGCUUUUGGCAUCUUUGUAUAAACACUACACUACCUGUGAGCAGGAGAAGCAAAAAGGGGCAAGUCCUGCAAUCUCGAGCCGGUUCGAGCUGUUCUACGACGAGAGGUUCGAGCGCGUCACUGAGCACGCUUGCUUUAUCAACUUCAAAAGACGGGCUGGAUCAUUGUCCCCUGGGCAUAUAUCCAGCAAAGCCUAG